AUGGCUGGCAAUUACAUCGUCAAGCUCAAGGAGGGGUUCAGUACUGCAGUGACCGAUCAUGUCUACACCAUCAAGGGUUUCAAGAGGCUCUCUCUGGAGGCUGUCCAGAACCAUGCUGAUGUAACUCCUUGGGGUAUUGCUCGCAUAACGCAUCGGGCGGUGGGAAGCAUUACCUACGUGUACGACAGCAGUGCUGGCGCGGAAACAUGCGCCUAUGUCAUCAACACUGAAAUCUACACGGCCCACUCGCGCAACGACCACGAUAUCCACGUGUCUGGAACUACAGGUGGCACCACCUCCGGUGUUGCAAAGCAGACCAAGCUAUACACUGUCAAGGUGCCAGACGCUUAUGGUUCGGGAACGAACUCGGGUGUCAUUGCUGGCAUGUACUUUGUCACAACUGACUGGCAUACGCGAUCUUGCCCCAACGGCACUGUUGCCAAUACGUCGCUCGGCGGCGCUGCCUCCCUCGCCGUGAACACCGCAGCCGCCAAAAUGGUCGGUGCUGGCGUCUUCCUGGCCGUCGCCACUGGCAACAAUAACGCCAACGCCUGCACUAUCGGUGCUACAACAUCGGCCAACGCCCGAGCCAGCUACUCCAGCUACGGUGCCGUCUUCGACAUCUUCGCCCCAAGCUCCAGCAUUCUGAGCUCCUGGAUCGACAGCACUGCGGCUACCAACAACAUCUCCGGUACGUCGAUGUCCCCCACUUCCUUGAGCUCGUACAUGCAAAACAUUGAAACCUCAGAUGCCUCUACUGGCAUUCCGUCCGGCACCGUCAACCUCCUUGCUUUGAACAGUAACCCUUCCGGCUCAGCAAUGGAAAAACUAGCCCGGUCAGUUUUCUACAAGACAUGAAGUCCAACAAUUGACGACGACGAUGGGUGUUUGCGUAGAUUAUUUGGAUUCACGCAGUCCUGCCACGAGUGAUAUCCACGUUGCAAUUCUGACAGGUGGUGGUCAGCAACUGCUUCUGUUUAUAGCCACAUGAUAUGCUCGGAUGCUGCAAUACUCCAAUGAUGGGGUAAUAUGUAGCACAAGUCAGGCUGAUUUGUUUGGUUAAGCGUGUUGCAACAAAACCUGUCAUGAACCAGUUGUGAGCUUGACUAUAGCGCCUACGAGGAUUCUCCUGCCCGUGGUCUUCGGCAUAGAGUUUGGUCGUUUAUGUCGAAAAUAGCCUUUGC